GUCACUCCCAUUCAGCAAGCUCACAGGCACUAUUCCGCAAUCCCUCUUCAGCCUCACCUCACUUGUCGUUCUCGACUUGACUCGAAACUUCAUCACAGGGACUAUUCCAGCAAGCAUCAGCCGCCUCACCAACUUGCUUGUUCUUAUCCUUGGCAUGAAUCAGCUCUCGGGUCCCAUCGAUCCACUCACCAGCUUGUCGCAACUCCAACUACUCGAUGCGGAUCAGAAUUUCCUCAACACCUCCAUUCCCUCUGACAUCGGCAAACUCACUGCCCUUCACGCUCUGGUCCUUGAGAAGAACUCGUUCACGGGAAGCAUUCCGCCCUCCAUAGGCAACAUGGCACACCUGCAUCCUUUGGCGCUGGGCUUAAACCAGCUGAGUGGCUCCAUACCCGACUCCUUGAGCCGCCUGCGCAACCUCACCUAUCUCCUCUUGGAUACGAAUCAGCUCAGCGGCUCCCUUCCUGAGUGGCUUGGAACGCUCUCUGCUCUCAAGCGCCUGUUAUGGGAAUUCGAUCUGAGGGUGCUGCCAUACAAUGCACUGAGCGGAUCAAUUCCAGCCUCUCUGGCAUCGCUGCAGCAACUUGAAGUUUUAGUCUUGUCAGGCAACCAUCUCUCAGGAAGCAUACCUGCAGCACUGGGUGAUCUUCUUCAUCUGCAGUACCUGUGGGCGUCACUGAAUCAGCUGUCUGGAUCCAUCCCCACAGCCAUUGGAAAACUCACCAACCUGCUGCAGUUGGAUCUGUUUGGCAAUCAGCUGCAGGGGACUGUCCCCAGCACCUUACGGAGCCUCUCCAAGCUGCGGAUUCUCAUGGUGCCGUCCAACCAGCUCGCAGGCCCCAUCCACCCCAUCAUACGAGGCAUGAAGGGCGUCACUGCCUUGUGGUGUGGGGGCCAUGGCUACUGCUCUCUGAAUGCCUUCACUGGAGCAGGGGAGUGUGUGUGCGAUCCCAACUACUUGGUCAGCACCAGAAACUCCAACACCUGCGUGCCUGGAGCUGCGCGCACACUGGCGUCUGCCUUGGCAUACGUCUCCCUUGGGGGCUCUGCCUCGCUGCUUUCCAACGGCUCCAUUCUGCUCACCAGCGGCGCUGCCAGCCAGCAAGGCUCUGCCCUUGCGUUGCCCGCGCUGCGCCUCUUCUACAUUCCGGACAAGCGCUCUCCCUGCGGCACCCAGCUGGGCUUCCGAGUUGCCUUCAGCUUCGCCAUGACCCCCGGGGAUCAGGGGGCGGGUGGGGAAGGCCUUGCGUUUGUGGUGGCAGCAGCUGCUGCUGGCAAGGGGGUGAGUGUGGGGCUGGGAGGGGUGGGGAAGCGGAGUGUGGCGGUGGAGUUUGACUCGGUGCUGAGUGUGAAGCACAGCGACCCCAACGACAACCACGUGGGCGUCAAUGUGGGCGGCUCACCUGUGUCCCUCGCCUCUGCCACGGCCCCUCUCAUCCUCAACGACGCCCACACCAAGCACGCCUGGAUCCACUACGACCCCACCAGCGGCGGCACCCUCCGAGUCUUCCUCUCCUCCGACCCCCACCAGCCCCCCACCCCCACCCUCACAGCAAGCGUGUCUCUCUGCUCCGUGCUCAAGCCCACUGCAUCCGACUCUCUCUUCCUCUUCGGCUUCGUCGCCCUCUCAGCCAGCCAGCCCCAAAGCCAUGUCAUUCUGUCCUGGAGCUUCAUCACAGAUCUUCCCUCUUCUCUGUAG